AUGGACGCGACGUGGAUCGGGGUCGUGGACGUGGCCUUUGGCGCCGAGGAGGGCGGGGCGGAGGGCGGGGCGGAGGGCGGGAGGGAGAACGGGGGCGACGCGGGCAACGGGAAGAGGCGAAGGAGGAGGAGACUGGAGGUCAAGGCGUGCAUCAAGGAGGCCGCCAGCUUUGCCGUGGACCCGGCUGUGCAGGAGAGGGUGGAGGUGCACUGGCGGGUGUUGGAGGAACUAGAACGCGCUGUUCUUUGCCCGGUCCCCGCCCAGACUCCGCUCUCUUCCAAGGGGGUCAGGAAGAUGCAAACCUCGGUGGGCACCAUGCUCCUCACCGCGGCCCGCCAGGCGUUGCAGGUCGACUGUGUCUUCGUGAACGGUGGCAACAUCAGGGCGAGCGUGGCUUACCCUCUCUCACAAAAAGUCUUCACCUACAAGGACCUGAAGGCAGAAAUCCCUUUCCCUUGCGAAAUGGUCACCGUUCGCCUACCCGGAUCUGUCCUCUCCUCCCUUCUCCAGUAUUCUCGCCAAUUUGCCCUCCUGGAUCCCCCCGUCGAGAAAGGGGGCUUCUUGCAGGUGGACGAAGGCGUCCGCGUAGACGCUUCCACGCACGCGAUCACCCACGUUCAAGGCCGGCCUUUGGAAGCUUCUAGAAUGUAUUCCCUGGCCACUACCUGGGGGGUGGUCUCUGGCAUCGAUGAUUUGCGCCCCAUUCUCGAUUACCGAGAAGCACACCCGGAGGCGGUUUUCCCUACCUCGGCCGAGGCCGGGCGGGGCUUGAAAGAGGUGUUGGUCGCGCACCACAGCCGCAUGCUCUGGUGGGACCUGGCGAAGCACGUCGGGUUCCGCGCCAUGGACACGGACGGUGACGGGGUCCUGUCCCAGAAGGAGGUGGCGGCUGCGACACAGGCCUGCUAUGGGGAGGCCCUCUCGCGCCUGGUGGUAGCCAAUUUGAUGGCCACCGCGGACUUCGAUGGGGACGGAGUCAUAUCGGUGAAGGAGUUCAUCCGCAUCUGCCUCUCCCAGGAGGCCGCGUUCCAAGACGGCGACACGGACAACGACGAGCGCCUGAGCUUCGAGGAAGUCUGGUCGUUGUUGAAGGCGCACUAUGACGGUAACAGCAAUGGGAGCCACACUCCCAUCCGAGCGGCAGGGGAGGGGAAGGGUUUGACAGAGGCAGACGUCCGAGAGAUGUAUGAUGAGAUUGACUCGGAUAAAAGGGGUGGGAUCAGUUGGGCAGAGUUUCGAGAGCACAUGGCGCGACAAAGGGAGCCCACCGCCCUGGUGAUUUGA